AUUAUCAGCAUGUUACAGGAGAUUAACUUCUACAGUGGGAUUUUAUUGCUGGUUUGUAUCAGUAUUGAUCGCUAUCUGUCCAUUGUCUACGCUACACAGGCCCACAAGCAGCGGAAUCCAUUGAUAAUGAAGCUUGUUUGUGCUGCACUUUGGAUGGUGGCUAUUGUCUUGUCUUUGCCUAUUCUGUACAAAGGUGAAUACCAUCUAGAGGAUUUGAACAGAAAUCUAUGUUAUGAGCUACUUGAUGGUGAAUCAGCUGAAAAAUGGAGAGUGAUCACUAGACUUUUGCGGCAUUUUAUUGGAUUUCUCAUCCCAUUGGCUGUCAUGGUUUUCUGCUACAGUGUGAUAAUCCAGAAACUGUAUCAAACGAAGGGAUUCCAGAAACAUAAAGCCAUGAAAGUUAUCAUAGUGGUGGUGUUGGCUUUUCUCAUUUGUUGGUUCCCACACAACAUUACUGUGUUCAUUGACACACUGAUGAGGGGUAAGCUUAUUGCUCAGACUUGUAACAUGCGCAAUCAUAUUGACCAGGCUUUGUCUGCAACUCAAAUCUUGGGAUUUCUGCACAGUUGCAUUAAUCCAAUCUUAUAUGCAUUCAUUGGGGUGAAAUUCAGGCGUAACCUGAUCAAACUCAUGGGUUCAAAAGGAAUCUUUGUCCAAAGUGAAACAUCACGUGAGAGAUCUGCACCCGCCUCUGUCUCUGAAUUAAUUUCAGUCAACAUAUAGACUCUUUAGUGGCAGGAUUAUGGUUAUCCCAACUCUAUCCUCCCAUGAGCAUGUUUUCAGCAGGUGGUGCACACAAAUAUCACAGGUUAUUCUUUUCCCACUCAAUUGGUCCUGCCUUGAUCUCCAUAAUAGUGUAAGUGGGUAACUGUUAAAAAUGACAGCCUGAACGUUAUUUAAAAAAAAAUUCUUAUCAGACAAUUGAACUUGUUAACAUGCCACUUGAAUCAAAUAUUACAUCGACCACACUGUAAUAUCAAGCUAUUGCUUCCACAACUGUCACUAACCUCACCUCAUCUGGGGAUCUCCCCCACCACGAUUUCCCAUCACAGAGCCCAGCCCCGCCCAGCCCACUUUGAUGUUCUUCUCAAAAUCCACAAACAGGAAAGCCUGGGGAGACCUAUUGUUUCAGACUCUUCCUGCCCCAUGGAACUUAUUUCGUCCUAUCUUGUCUCAAUGUUUUUUCUCCCUUUUUCAGUUCUUCCCACUUACAUUCACGAUUCUUCAGAUAUUUAUGUUGGUUUCAGAAUUUCCUGUUUGCAGGCUCCAGCCACCUCCUCUUCACUAUGCACCCCUUUACACAUUCAUCCUCUAUCAGAAUGGUCUUACCGCUCUCCGCUUCUUCCUUAAAAGAAGGUCUUAACCAUCUCCAUCCACCAGCGUCUGCAGGAUUCCCAGCUUCUGGCCUGCUCUUGUAGACAUUGUGUUUAUGUGGUGAGUCCAGUUGAGUUUCUGGUCAAUGGUA